UCACUUCACAUUCAUAUCUUUACAUUGUACACAGCAAAAUAAAAAUAAAUAUUGAGUUUACAAUAUAAUUAAACAAAGUCAUACCUUUAAUUGAUUUUCAAAGUGUAACUGAAAUGCAAACCGCGCAUGACAACCAAAACAGUAACCAAUGCGCAUAGUCAAAACAUUGCGCAUUUCAUGAGCUAACCUCAUAGAGUCGAUCGAACGACUGCUUGUCAGCGUGAAAGUCUUUCAUUACUUUCAUACUUGGUCUGUAUUUUGGUGCCUAGUGGGUGUGCUAACGAGUGACUUCGGCUGCUUCGUCUUAGCUAGGUGCUAGACACAAAUUCAAGAUGCCGUCAGCAGCGCCUCCAGAGAAUGGCGUGCCUCGCAGCGAGCUCGAGCAGCUGCAAAUGCGCGCUGGACAGGUCACCGAUGAGUCAUUGGAGUCGACCCGGCGCAUGAUGCAGCUAUGCGAGGAGAGCAAGGAGGCCGGCAUUCGUACUCUGGUCGCUCUAGACGACCAGGGAGAACAAUUGGAUAGGAUCGAGGAGGGCAUGGACCAGAUCAACGCCGAUAUGCGCGAGGCCGAGAAGAAUCUGUCGGGUAUGGAGAAGUGCUGCGGCAUCUGCGUUCUGCCAUGCAAUAAGGGAGCCUCGUUCAAGGAGGAUGACGGCACCUGGAAAGGCAAUGACGACGGCAAGGUGGUCAACAACCAGCCCCAGCGCGUCAUGGACGAGAGGAACGGCAUCGGUCCGCAAGCCGGAUACAUAGGCAGGAUAACGAAUGAUGCACGCGAGGAUGAGAUGGAAGAGAACAUGGGCCAGGUGAACACUAUGAUCGGCAACUUGCGCAAUAUGGCACUCGACAUGGGCUCCGAGCUCGAGAACCAGAACCGUCAGAUCGACCGCAUCAACCGCAAGGGUGAAAGCAAUGAGACCCGCAUAGCUGUGGCUAACCAGCGAGCGAACAAACUGCUCAAAUCUUAAACAGCCGUCGUGUUGUGAUCGGAUUUUAUGAAAUUGACGUUAACAAUCUACAAUCAUACGAAAUAAUUACGGUUUAAAACGUCGGUCUCCUCUGUUGAAAUACUUCAUCGAAUAAAAAAUCUUCCCCUCUCUAUAUUCUUAAAAAAAAACGAUAUAACAAUAUUUUUUGUAUAGAUAUUACAGCAGUAGAUGACCACGCUUAGAUAAUGGAAACGUUACAUAUGCAAACAACCUUAUUUCGAAUAAAAAGAUUACCUAAAAUCUAAGAUAAUAUAAUCUUCCUAAAAUAUACUACAGAAAAUUUGCAUGUGCAAUGAUAUCAAGUACAAAAAAAAACAUAAUUGCGUUUUGAAUAUGAAUUUUUCCUACGUUAACAAAAAAUGUAUGAUCGAUGAAUCAAAUAAUACAUUACAUUUUUUGUGUUAUCGUGUAAUGGAGUUGUUAACGUCAAUUUACAUAACGGAUUCUGUCCUGUGUAAGUAAUAAGGGAUGGACGGUUUAUAUAAUAACAAGCCACAAGGCGACAAUAAAAAAAACUACAUACGAAUUCACAAAAAAAAUAUCCAAAAAACAUUUUUUUAAAACAUAAAAUCAUUGUUUAUUAUUUCUAAUAUUGAUAAUGAUAUCGAAAAUUGUUACAAAAUGUAAAAAAACUGUCAAAAACCGUUCAUCCCCUUUAGUAUGUACUGCUGUAUAAAAGAAAUAUUCUAUUGAAUUAACGUAAAGUACAUUCACGCUGCGAAAAAUAUAGGGUCACAUUUUUUGAAGUUUCAUGAACUAUAUAACGGUUUUACUGCUUACAUUCCAAUAGGAAUAUUAGGCGUUAUUUGAAGAUUUGUAGUCAAAAUCGCGGCAAAAUUAUUAACUUAAA